CCGCUGUUCGGAUAAAAGCGCGGGAAUUCAGUUCUGAGGUAAAGUAUUAGCUAGCCGGCUAAUUUACCUCAGACCCGCCCGGCCCUGCUCUGCUUUACUUUUCAGGGGAGCACGGUCUGGCAGGGAAGCACAGAUCGGCAGAACACCGGCAGCUGAAUCCAGAGGAGAAGCAGUGUUCACUGAAUACGACUUGCUUGGAAAACGCGUUUCCGUUUGGUCCUCUCGCUCACCGUACCACAACAGAGAUGGCGGCGUCCUCCGACGUGCACGUCCGAAUCUGUGGACAAGAAAUGAUCAAAUAUGAUUUAGAGAUUAAAGCUCUGAUUCAGGAUAUAGUAGAAUGUUGUGGAUCUCAGGCGGAGCUGCUGGAGCUGAACUCUGCAGUGAAGAAUAAAUUCACUCAGCUCAGAAAAAGAAUCCAGGAUAUGGAGCAGAUGGCUAAAGAACAGGACAGUGAGUCUGAUAAAAGCAGCAUUCUGGCUGAAACAGAAGCCCAUCGUAAGCAGAUGUUAAGUAACCAGACCGCCUGGAGGAAAGCCAACCUGGCCUGUAAGCUGGCCAUAGAUAACCGGGAAAAGGACGAGCUUCUGAACGGUGGCGAUGCAUCAGUGAGGCAGAGGAAGGCCACCAAGGAGAACCUGGUGCAGACCUCCAGUGACAUCACUGAGAGUUUGAUGAGUAUAAGCCGAAUGAUGGCCCAGCAGGUGAAUCAGAGCGAGGAGACCAUCGACACUCUGGCUACCUCAUCGCGGACCGUACUGGAGACAAAUGAAGAAUUUAAGGCGAUGACGUCGACGAUCCACUUGGGGAGAAAACUCAUCCUGAAAUACAAUCGGCGUGAACUUACAGACAAACUGCUGAUCUUUCUGGCUCUGGCUCUGUUCUUCGCCACGGUUCUUUACAUCCUGAAAAAGAGGCUCUUUCCCUUCAUUUAGAGCGAACAAGGGUAGAAUAAGUGUAAAAUAAAGAGUGUUUCAUUAGUUUUUGGGGUUUUUUUUUUGCCCUGAUCAUCUGAAUUUAGGGGAAAAAUCUUUUCAUUUUCUGUUUUUGGAUCUUGUAACACAAGUAGGUUGGAUUGUAUCAUCAGAUUGGAGGAGAAUAUAUAUAAUUUUUUUUUUUUUUUUUACAUUUUCUAAAAUUCAGGUGAGCUGGUAAAAAUCUAUAAAACUGUAAAAAGUAAUAAAAUCCAUUUCUUCUAUAGGUGACACUUUACAAUAUGGGUACAUUAUUUAACAGUAUCUCAGCUAAUUAUUAAUUGACACUAGUUAAGACAUUAUUUAACUAAUGUAAUGAAAUUCUUAAGCAUUAACAUUAGUAAUGUUUAAAAAUUAUUGUCAGUUAAUAAUUAGUUUAAACAGUACGUAAACAUUUAAUCUUGUUUAUUACUGUCAUAACUUAUUUUAUUUGUACUCUUAUUGUAAAGUUUUACCCUUCUUUAUGUAAAUAAUGAAGAAAAUAAGAAAAGGUCAUAAAAUUGAACAGAAACUUUACACUGACCGAGGGGUCUCUUCAUUUCCUCCACAGUUGCCGAAGUGAUUGUUAAUUGGCUGUGUGGCCUGGUGGGAGGAGUUAAAGUGAAAUCAUUAAACGUGAAAAAAGUCGUAUCAGACUCUUAUGGACUGUACUCAGCUCCCGUUAUCAGAAUUGUUUAGAAAUAUAAAUAAUACGUGUGUAUAUGGAUAUAUAUGUGUGUGUGUGGGGUAGGUCUG